CCAAUCGAAGCGCCUGGUUCAAUCUCAGUUAAGGACGCCAAGGUGGUGAGAACUGCUCAAGUGAUUUCCAGGACGGAGAACGUCAAAAAGCCAAAAAUUGAGGCACAGUUACGUAGCUCUCUUUUGAUUUUACUAUCAUUUAUGCUUCAUUCUUGAACCCCAGGAAUUUGGACGCAUCUGUAUCUGACCUUUUAUUAUUACCGAAUGAACAGCGAUUAUGAGAACGUGGAGUGGAAUGUGCACGCCACUACCGAUGUUUUUACUCCACAGAUAGAUUCACCCGAUCCUCUUUCCGCAUUGGACUCGUUUGAGAAUGAGGUAUGCUAAGCACAUCGCAAGUAGCAGUUGACAAGUGAGAUGCAGCUUCCAAUCACUUAUGAUGCGGAAAGAAUUUCACAGCAGAACCCAGCCAUGCAUACUAUCGUCAGGAUGCUCCGAGUUUCCCGUCGAUUAUGUCGUCUAAUACCACGGAACAUGCACCAGAUACCCAACCACAAUCGACCGCAAGCCUGUCUGAUCACAGCGAAUCCAUAAAAGCUCCCGUUGUAAAAGAGGAAUACACGGCAAAAUCAAUGACCAUCCGAGUAAGCGAUCCUUUGAAGCAUUCAGACAGCACGCAGGGAACAUACAUCAGUUACCUUAUCACCACUAUUACGGAAGUGGGGACGUUUAAUUCAACCCAUCCGAGGCCUGUGCGGCGGAGAUUUCAGGACUUUGUUUGGCUGCAUAAUGCCUUGAUUUUAGAAUUUCCUGCAUGUAUUGUUCCACCAUUGCCAGAGAAACACCGACUCGAAUAUAUCAAGGGUGAUCGUUUCAGUGCACAAUUUAUUGAACGACGAAAAGUGAGCUUGCAAUGGUUUCUCGAUCGGAUAGCUCAACAUCCCAAAUUACAGACAUCGCAAUGCACCAGAAUAUUUCUUGAGUCGAAUGAUUUCCGAAAUGAUAAACGAGUGACAUCACAAUACAUCCCACCUUCAGCCACGGUGUUCCAGUCGCUGAGCGAUACCCUUGUGAACGCCUUUACAAAGAUCCGAAAACCGGACGAACGAUUCGUUAAUAUGAAAGAAGUGGUCGAUAAACUGGAAGACAAUUUGGGCACGGUUGAACGUCUGUACAAUCGCAUCGGCAAGCGUCAGCAUGAUUUGGAGCAGGAUUACACAAGUUUCGCUGACAGUAUCCAAGGACUAUCAGCCUUGGAAAGUGAGCUCACGGUCCCAUUGCAUCGAUUUGCUAAAACCACCAAAGCCUAUGUGAGCGCUAUGAAAGAAAUGACAACGAAGGAAGAAAUGUUUUAUCUCAACGAGAUCCAUGAUUUACUGGCGUAUUGCCAUGCUACCAAGUCUGUAUUGAAAGCAAGAGAUCAAAAGCAAAUGGAUUUCGAAGAAUUAUCGGCCUACUUACAGCAAGCCAUCGCCGAACGUGAACGCACUUUAUAUCCGAGACAUCAUGUUGGAAAUCGUGGCAUGGUUACCAUCACCGAUUUCGUAACGGAUAAGAUCAACGAAGUGCGAGGCAUCGAUAUGCAACGAGCGCGUCGAGAAAAAUUAUCUCGUCUGGAAGCAAAAAUCACUGAAUUGCAAGAUGAAGUGGCGAGGACAAACGAUAUCUCGGAUGAGUUCUCUGCACAAGUGAUCAGAGAUUUUUCAGUAUUUGAAAACAGAAAAACUGAUGAACUUAAGCAAGGAUUGGCUGCGUAUGCGGAUUGUCAUAUUGAAUUUUUCCAAAAGGGGAUAUCCAUAUGGGAGGAGAUCCUUCCAGUACUAGAAAGUAUUAGCAUCGAUGAUCCUGAACAAGUGGAUCGUUGAAUCCCAAGCGGUAGCUUGUAAUAAACUUGUAGCUAAAUAAUCUUUGGAAUGUGUUAUUUUUUCCAACUGUAAGUCGAGUAUGAAAUCAAGUUACUGCUUCGUACAAUAGAUGAAAAAAAGGGAUGACCUG